UCCUCAGACGUGUGCAACUUGUCGCGGUCUGACCACGUCCACGUCCACGUCCGCGUUUCGUUUCGCUUUGGUCUGGUCUUUGUCGCAACACCGCAACACAGCACAACCACAGAGCACUCCACACUUAAGUGCUCCACUCCGCUCUCCGACGAGAGUGCUGCGUUCGUGCGUGUUUGUGCAGUUAAAUAAUUGGCCUGACCCAAGUCCGAGAUGGGUGCACAAUACACGUCCACAGAUACAGAUACAGAUAAAGACGCCUACACAUACAGAGCCACAAGGAGAGCCACAAAUCUAGAACCCAAAAGUAGAGCAACGUCAACCAAACAGAAGAUGCCACUGCCACAGCCACUGCCACAGCCAGGCCUCGUCCUCAGCCUCCUGCCCCUCCUCCUCGUGUCACUGGCCAGCCUGAGUCUGGUGCUGCCGACAACGAACGCCAGUCCCGUCUUUGUGGAUAAUCCCAGCUUAGCACAGUUCCAAUCGGGCCGCAAUAUUCGACAUCUGCCGUGCAUCGUGCGGAAGUCCGGCCGCUCCGGAGUCUGCAUGUUCGCCAUCGACUGCAUCAAGCAGAACGGCACGCAUUUGGGCACCUGCAUCGAUCGCUUCUACUUUGGCUCCUGCUGUGCGAUGAAGGAGGAGGCUUCGCUGUUCGCCCCGGAGCUCAACGACAACAGCAUCGACCAGAAUACCAUCUCGCACUUUGCCCAUGAGUCCACCACGCUGCCCACGAGCUCCCUCUUCAAGCUUACCACGGAAAGUGGCAUCAGCAGCAGCAGCAGCAGCGGGGGCACCACCCACAAGAACCACCAACAGUCGACGCAGCACACGAGCAACGAGCUGCUCAAGAACGUCACCCAAUCGUAUCUGAGCACCGCCAAGCCCGUGCGCACCACACUCUCGACCACCACCACGCGGCGCCCAGUGCAGGACCACACCACUCACAAGAACUCGCACUUUGUGGUGCGGACAACGGCCAAGCCACCAGCAGGUCCACUGCCAUCCACCACGGCUAAGCCGCCGCGUCGUCGCACCACCAGCGCCAGGCCAGUGCUGACCACUGGCCCCGUGGCGGUUGAGCAGCGCAUUGAAACCACCACGGUCCCCAUCAAGUUUGUUACCUUCCAAAUUGUGGAGACGACAACGCCGCCGUCCACAGAGCCCGGCUACAGGGUGGAGACGACAACGACAACAACCAGGCGGCACACAAGGCCCACCACGAGCAGCAGCAGCUCGGCAUCUUUCAAAACAACAACCACAACUGCACCCAUCACAAGCACAACGACAAAGGCACCAGAAACAACGGCACAGUCCACCACUCAGCGUCCGACACCGCCUCUACGCACCACCACCCCCAAGCCACACAAAACACAUUCGAGUAGGCGGCCAACGCCCCCAAAGAAGCCGAUUGGGUCGACAACAACCACCGCUAGUGGCACGCAAGCCACAAGGAAACCAGUGGAGAGCCUGAGCAGCACCACCAGCACAGCGAAUGGAACCACAGUAACGACGGCACCAGGCCGCAGGCCUGUGAUUCAAACCACCAGCUCGAUUACCUCUACGACAACAACCACGAGCACAUCUUUCAAGGACGAGUUGCACGGCAAUCGGACAACAGCCACAAAGCUGCCAGAGCGCACCACUCAGGCGCCCAGGCCAAGGCCGAAACCCACUGGGGAGUACGUAAAGGUGCCCGUCAUGCUGGCGGAGCCAGCCACCCCCAUGGCAACGGCAAGCACCAGCAGUACCGCCUCAAAAGCACCUUCAACAACAACAACCACAGUCACAACCACUGCCCCACCUAAAACGAAGCCUACCAGCUCCACUACAACAACAACGACAACAACAACAACAACCACAACUACGCCAAAGCCCACGCGUCGUCAUACAACCAAAGCCCCAAUCACAACACCAAUCACCACUAAAGCAACAACAACAGCGACAACAACAACCACCGCCAAAACAACGACAAGGACAACAACAACAACAACAGCUGGCACUAAACCUCCCACAACGACGGCAGCCACAGAGAGACCAUUGUUGAGCACCAGCACUCCCAAAACAGAAACAACAACCACCAAGAAGCCCGGCCUGAUCACCUGGACGGACGUGGAGGCUGAGCCACAGACCAACGCAAGCAUUUCCAACGACUGGCAGCCGGCACCACCCCCACCCAAGCAGCAGCCCGAGGUGCAGGCGCUGAACAAAACAUCGGCGAGCACAGCAGCACCACCCACGGCCACCGACAAAGUGGUCAUCUCUGUGGCCACUAGUGUCAGCACCAGCGAGUCGAAGCCUGGUUCGGUAGAGAGCGACAGUCCCACAGAAAAGCCACACAGGACCACGAAACCACCGAAAGCCACAAGCACCGCCAGACCAGCAACCACGACGACUGUCAAAACCACAGAGGGACCAGAGAGCAGCACCAGCAGCAGCAGCAGCAGCGGCAGCGUUCCUUUGGCCUCCUCAUCUACAUCAUCUUCCAUUGAGCUCAGCUCGGAGACGGGAUCAGGCAGCAGCACCACCGCAGAGCCAGCAACGACAGAAGUCACAGCGGCUACCACUGAUUACAGCGGCGAGGAAGUGAGCCUGGGGACGACCAUGGAGCCAGCAGCUGGGAGCACAACGCUAGCGCCUGCAAAUGCUUUGGAGGGCGUCGAUUACAAAGAAGUGUGUGGACGUCGCAUGUUCCCCGAACCGCGCAUUGUUGGUGGAGCCAAUGCCGCCUUCGGACGCUGGCCCUGGCAGAUAUCGCUGCGCCAGUGGCGCACCUCCACCUACCUGCACAAGUGCGGAGCGGCUCUACUCAACGAGAACUGGGCAAUCACCGCCGCCCAUUGUGUGGACAAUGUGCCGCCCUCCGAUCUGCUGCUGCGCCUCGGCGAGUACGAUCUGGCCGAGGAAGAGGAGCCCUACGGCUACCAGGAGCGACGUGUGCAGAUCGUCGCCUCUCAUCCGCAGUUCGAUCCGCGGACCUUUGAGUACGAUCUUGCCCUGCUCAGGUUCUAUGAGCCGGUGGUCUUUCAACCCAACAUCAUUCCCGUUUGCGUGCCCGAAAACGACGAGAACUUCAUUGGCCAAACGGCCUUUGUCACCGGCUGGGGACGCCUCUACGAGGACGGACCACUGCCCAGCGUCCUGCAGGAGGUGGCCGUGCCGGUCAUCAACAACACCAUCUGCGAGUCGAUGUACCGCACCGCGGGCUACAUUGAGCACAUACCACACAUAUUCAUCUGUGCCGGCUGGAAGAAGGGCGGCUACGACUCCUGUGAAGGCGAUUCCGGUGGCCCCAUGGUGCUGCAGCGGGAGGCCGACAAGCGUUUCCAGCUCGGCGGCGUCAUCUCGUGGGGCAUCGGGUGCGCGGAGGCCAACCAGCCGGGCGUCUACACCCGCAUCUCCGAGUUCCGGGACUGGAUCAACCAGAUUCUGCAGUUCUAGUUCAGUCGACCUCGCCUGUGUAUUAUGCUUAAUACUUAGUGAAUGCCUAGCACGUCUUCCACCCACGACUCCGCACCGACUCCCCAGCGAGAUCGGACUCUCGGCCCUGGAACCCAACUCAAACUCGGACUCGUGCUCCGGUUAUGGCACUCGCUCGGAGAUGGCCCAUAGCCCAUAACCCGAGCAACGAUUUCAGUUGCCACCAUUUACCUCCACCUGCCCGCAGCUCAAGCGACACCACUACCACUCUGCCGAGACCACUUCCAUUGUCAUAAUCAUAAUCUUAGCGUUGCCUAGCCUAACCCUAAGCUAGUUAGUGAAUGUGAUUAACAAGCACACUAAACCAGAGAGCGACGACUAUCAGUGUCGCUGUUGCUGUCGCAGUCGCAGUCACAGUCACAGCUCAUGUAACGUAUUAAUCGAUUUGACCCUAAUUUAUUCCCAUUUGCUGUAAAUAAUUUUCUAAAUUAUUGCAUAACAUUUACACUUAGCUUUAGUCCCGUACGCGUAAUGCAUUAUUAUAUAGAAACUCGAAACCGUUUCGAUCCUUCGGUAGGGCAUUAUCACAUAAGUCGCUUCUUCUCGAAUCGAACCAUGCGGAAGAAGCUAUUGUAAUUUUAUCUUAUAACGUACUGUAAUUAUUUAUUUAUAGCAGAUCAUGCUCGACAAAAUUAAUUCAAUUAAAAUGUUUAAAACAAA